AUGAACUGCUAUAGCUGGUGUGUGCUGCUUGCUGGUCAGCUCCGAAACGAAAAUCGUCUCGUAUGGUUCACUCUGGAGGUCUGGUCUGCCGCGCAGUGCUCUGCGGCAGUGCCCGGCAUCUUCGAGUCACGCGAGCUCUUGGCCAAAGACCGCUUCGGGGAAAUCGUUCCGUACGUGUCAGGCGGCCUGAAGUGGCAAGAUGGAUCCAUGCAGAUUUGCCGAUGGCUCGACUGGCAGAACUUUUUAACGAGCCUUCGGCUGCAGCUACGCUUUUUCGACACUGCGUCGCAGCCGCUUUUCGCCAAGGUCAAUUACUUCAUCGUGUCACAGGUCGGCUCCCAAAAGGGGCCCAUUUUCCGCGUGGCGCAGUUCUUGCGGCGAGAGGUUGCGGCCUUUCGCUUGCCUUUGCUCAGCGGGUUCAGACCUGUCGGCAACACUUUGAUCGCGCUCGUGGUUCAGGACUUGCUGAAAGAUGCAGGGCAUGAUCAGGAGUACGAGGGUGAUGUCACCAUCUACAAUGGCCGGGGUCUCUUGGAGUUUCCGAAGUUGCUGAAGAAUCCCACGGACGAGGUCCUGCGCACCUACACCAAGGCUUCUGAAUGGGAGACUUGGUGGCACAUACCCGAGAUUCAGAACGCCUGUGCGAUCGAGUUCGCGCGCUGCCUAAAUGAGUCCUUGUAA